AAAAUCAACUCACCGGUCCUAAUUACAUUGAUUGGAAAAGGAACUUAGACAUAGUGCUAACUGCUGAAAGCUAUAAGUAUGUGCUAACUGAGGCUUGUCCUGAUGUGCCGGCUUAUAAUUCCCUAGAUGAGGAGAAACAUGAGUAUGCUCGGUGGAAGAAGGCUGAUGAGAUGGCGAAAUGUUACAUUCUGGCUUCUAUGUCAAAUGUCCUUCAACAUCAGCAUCAGUCAAUGGCCACUGCUGCAGAUAUGCUUCUGAACCUCAAGGAACUGUUUGGGCAUCAGUCGAGGGCUGCAAGACAAGAGGCUUUAAGUGCUCUGAUGAACACGCGCAUGGCAGAGGGUACACCCAUAAGGGAGCAUGCUCUCAAGGUCAUGGCGCAGCUGAAUGAGCUAGAGGUUCUUGGAGGUUUUAUUGACGGGGAAACCCAGGUCGAUAUCAUGCUCCAAUCUCUGCCGAAGAGUUUUGAUCAGUUCCGGUUGAACUAUAACAUGCACAAGAUGCAUAUGGUUCUUCCAGAACUGUUGUCAGAACUUCAGUCGGCUGAGGCCUUGUUCACUCAGAAAUCAGUUGUGAUGGUUGCCAAGCAAGCCGGACCUUCCAGGCCUCCCAAGGGCAGGAAGAGGAAGAAGGCUGCAGGAAAGGCAAAGGCACAGAGCACCCAGUUAGUGCCUCAACAGGCUGUGGAAAAGAAGCCGAAAGGUAGAUGCCACAAAUGCAAUAAGUCAGGGCACUGGAAGGUCGAUUGUGCUCUCAUUAAGAAGGGCAAAGAAGGUAACUCUCAUACUUUUGUC